AUGGCACCCAUUGUUGCCGAUGCCACGGCCGCGGUGGUCAUGGCGGCUGCCGUGCUGGUCUCAUCAUCUUCGACAGCAGUAGCAGCAACAGCAAGACAACCGGCACCGGACCGUGGAGCAGCUCAACACCACCGUCGACGUCCUGCUUCAUCGUACCCAACGGCCGCCGCCGCCGCCGCCUCCACUGCCGCCGCCGCCGCGUCUCGGCCACUGGUCUUGGCGUGGGCUGGUUGGGAUCGGAGACGAAGCAGCAACAGCCGGGACGAGGCAACCCUCAAAACAACAGCAUUGCGGACUGCCGACGAGAGAACGGCGGUUGCCGACGCCGCUGACUCCCAGCGCGUGCUCGACAGCUCGUGGACGCAGGCGGCGUUCAGAGCGUUCCACGAGAUGAGAGCGGGCCCGCCUCCUCCGUCCGAGACCAACGGCGGAGAGGAAGAGGGCCAGGACGAGGGAGGCGGUGGCGCGACGGACCUGUUGGCAGGCGUUCGACGCCUUGUCUCGAGGCCGCCCACAAGGCCGGCAACGAUGACAACAACAGCAGCGGAUACACGGAAAGAAAGAACCGCCAAAACCUCGAGAAACUCGGCGGCGGGAUCUUCGUCACCGCCGGCACGACGGGAGAAAGAGGACGGGGACGACGCAGGGCCAUCAACAGAACCCCGCAAGCGCCCCCAAUCCGAGCCGGCGUGCUGGCACAUGCGAGGGCGGCUCACCAAUACGGCCACCGGGCAAACCAUCGCCCUCGUGGAAGGUGUCGAGCUGGCCAGGAGCCUGGCCUUCGAAACCGCCUCCUCAAGAAAAUCCAGCAGAGGACCAAAGAGGCCGGCGGGCGGUGGCGGAAACGGCGCGGGCGGGGCGGUUGCCGGGGCGGAGGGGGAAGGGGAGCUGGAGGUCGACAAGGCGCUCAAGCCGGGAAGGUGGACGGCUUUCGGGGCCCUCGCCACCAGCAAGUUUUUCAUGUACCAGGACCCGGCAACGGGGGAACCCAUGGACCACUUCCGCAACACCCCGGUGGAAAAGAAGCAGGCGGUUCGGACGUACGAGCGCUUCUCGCAGGUGGUGUCUCACCUCCUGCAGCCCAACGGACGGGUGCUGGUGGUCAGCGAGUGGGGCGGCCGCUCCGUGAAGGCGGAAACCGCCAACAACAACGGCGUGGAAGAAAUCGAGGGGGGCCGUGGCGGUUGGUUUCCCGGCGGGGCCAGAGACCUCGGUAUCGUCAAUGACGAGCGGUCCCUGGCUCGCUCCUCAUCGUCCCCCCCCCGCCGGGUCUUCAACCUCCACUUUUUUGUCGAGGCUCGAACUCCGAAGGAGGAGCGAGAGCUCAAGAGGUGGCAGGAACGGCCGGGGGCCCGGUGGAUCGCGUUCGGGUCGCCCCCCCCCCGGGCUCACGGCUGCAAGGAGGUGUACAGCUACGUCACGGGGAGGGAACGGGAAGGGGGAAGAGGAGGCAACGAAAGAAAAGAAGAAGGGAAGAAGGACAGGCUGCCUUGGGCUUGGAACAGGAACAAGGCGGCGUCGGAUGCGCGGGAGGGGGAUGAUGAUGCCGAAGGUGUCGACGAUGGUACCGUGGCACUAGCUUCGUCGUCGUCAUCGUCGCCUCGGCUUGGUGGCGGCGGCGGCGCCGGAGGGCUGAUGUCGUACACGCGUUACGGCGAGUGCCCGACCUGGUAUGGGACCGGGCGCAUGUGCGGGCUGGACGUGCAGGCCAGGCGGGUGGACUCGUUCGCCUCCCUGCCGGCCAAGCUGAGGGAGGAGGUGCUGAAGGUGGACCCCGAGUUCGAGGCGGGCCCCCCCGGGACGAUGGGCGAAGUCAGACGGGCUGCAAGAGAGCAGCGGUUGGAAAGGGAGGAGGAGAGGAGGCGGAAGGGGAAGAGGUCGUUGCGGCGGCCCUUUGGGACGUGGGGUUCGUCUUCCUCUCCCGAUGGAGAGCUGUAAUAUUCUGCCUCGUCGUGCUUUUUGCACAAUUGUUUACGCAUGCGUGCGUGGGCCAAGCGCAAGGAGGCUUAGGACAGGAAAUAAAACGCGUGAAGCACGAAGUUUAUUGCUGGGAUAUAGUUGUUCUGCUGUUGUUUUGUGUGCCAGCCGAAGGGGGAAAUAGCUGGAGUGAUAGAUCGAGACUUUUCCUCGGUUUUAAAAUGUUUGUCUCUUUGGCUCCCGUGGUGUGCGCUACGGGCUUUUCGCCGGAAACAUGAGCGCGUUGUCUUUAGAGUAGUCGUAAGAUUUUUCAAAACCGCCCUGCGUUUCUGUUCCGUAGGCAUCAUUAACCCUCUACUUUUUACGUCAAA